AUGGCUGCUUUAAAAGAGUUCUUACAAAUGAAAGUUCAAUUCAAUGAGGAGUGCCAAAAUCAACAUAUCAUGUAUUAUAAGAGACAUACUGUACGACAAGAGUGCCAGGAUAUUCCAUCGAAUAGGACGUUAUUUAUUAUUAAUGUACCUCCUUACUGCACCAAGAAUAUUCUACGGCAAAUAUUUAGCCUAUUUGGUGAAAUUGAUGACAUCUAUCAAUUGAGACAACCUGCCAACACCAUUCCACAAUAUGCAAAAGAGGAUAGCUCAAGCUGCUUUCGUCGCCAACUACAUACAGGAUUUAGGGUAGCCUAUAUUGUUUUCAAGACUCCAAUCAGCCUGAUGAAAGCUCUUAAAGAAAGCUGUGAUGACACUGUUGUAUUAGCAAAUCUUGAAGAACCACCCUUAGUAGGCUAUAAGAAAUGGUGCCAAGAGUAUGCCGCAGAGAGACCAGCGCCACAAUUAUUGCAAUCAGAAAUUGAUCAAUUUAUGGAAGAUUUUCAAAAGCGAGAGAAACUCGACGAAUCCCAAAAUUCGAAUGAACCUGAUGAUGACGGCUGGGUCACUGUUAAACGUAAGAACAAAUACCCAAUAUUCUCAAAUGAAGAUCAGGAACAACAGCAAUCGAAAAAGAAAAAGAAAAAGAAAACAGACUUAAUCAAUUUCUAUCGAUUCGAAGUAAGAGAAUCCAAGCGUGAGCAUAUUGCCCAAUUACGAAAAAAGUUUGAAGAAGAUAAGAAAAAGAUUGCUUUGAUGAAAGAGACUAGGAGAUUUAAACCUUAUUGA